ACACGUGACAACAGAAGACGGAAUCAACUUACGUUUAAAAACACGCUUCUGGGUGGGGUACUUGUCUUGUUUCCAGAACAAUCUAACGCUUUCUCGCUUCCUCCUCUUCGUGCGUCUCUCUCUCCCUGCAAGCAAAGCAAAUAUGAGUAGCAGCAGCCGAUGGAAUCGUACGAUCUACGUUGGGAACUUGCCUGGUGAUAUUCGCAUGAGAGAAGUUGAAGAUCUCUUCUACAAGUAUGGACCCAUUGUGGACAUUGAUUUGAAGAUUCCACCGAGACCUCCCGGUUAUGCUUUUGUCGAGUACGAAGAUCCUCGUGAUGCAGAUGAUGCUAUUUAUGGACGGGAUGGGUAUGACUUUGAUGGAUGUCGACUUCGGGUUGAGAUUGCACAUGGUGGUCGUAGAGGUUCAUCAUCAUCGGUGGAUAGGUACAGCAGCAGCUACAGUGGGAGCCGUGCACCUUCUAGACGUUCCGACUAUCGUGUGCUUGUGACGGGAUUGCCGUCGUCUGCUUCCUGGCAGGACCUUAAGGACCACAUGCGCAAAGCUGGAGAUGUCUGUUUUUCUGAAGUUUUUCGCGACCGUGGAGGCAUGUCUGGGGUUGUGGAUUAUAGCAACUAUGAUGAUAUGAAGUAUGCUAUACGGAAGCUUGAUGAUUCUGAGUUUCGAAAUGCUUUCUCUAGAGCUUAUAUACGGGUGAGAGAAUAUGAGUCGAGGAGUAUGAGUCGCAGCCCAUACUAUUCUAGAAGAAGCAGGAGUCGAAGCUAUAGCUAUAGUAGCAGAAGUGUAUCACCUGCUAAAUCGAGAUCUGCCCGUUCUCGAACUCCUCUUUCUCGUUCUCCAACGCCGCGUAGCUCAGUCUCAAGAUCUGGCUCACUGUGGCGAGCUGGGGACUGGAACUUAGGGACUUGAUGGGUCAUCUAGAUGGAUCUUAGGACUUGCUGCUUAUGAUAUACACAGGGCGUAUCAGCAGUAGGCUGGCAACAUUUGGCCUACGAGUCCUCUUAUUCCCAACGUUUCUUCUUUUUUAUUUUCUUCGUUGUGCAUGCUCGAAUCUAUGUUUAGUUCUUUCCUAGGACAUUUAAAACUCCCCAGACCAGAUGGGAGAUGGUCAGUAAAAAAAUGCUUUGUCAAGACGACUCAUUAACAAGUUUUUUUUUGUUUUGGUUUUGUUGCAGGUCCCGGUCGAGAUCAAGAUCAAAUUCUCCAGUUCCAUCC